AUGCCUCUUUCGCGUGAGCCCCACGACGAGCCGCGAUCCAACAUGCAACUAUCAGCUCCAAGUUGGACCUCUUCGUCCUUUACCACAUCCCCACGCCGACCGUUUGCCAUGACCGAAACGCCGUCCUCGCCCUCGAGCUCGACCGCCUCGCAAAAAUUCGAAGUGAAAAGGCUUUUAUCCCGUCCUGCCGAUCCGUGUGGCUCUCGUCCGCUUACUCUAGUCUCCCAUCCACCGACACCCGAACCCACUACUAGCACCAAGACCCAGGACGAUGCGAGCACACCCAAGGCCCGCCAGAUGCCCCUCGACGGGCCCAUUCCGUCCGCUCCGUCGUUUACUCUUGCCGAUCCAGCUGCGACUACGCCAGCAUCCGCCUAUGCCCGUGCCUAUGCCCAACGCACCCAAAUGGCAUACCAAGUCGAUGUCGCCGAUCGGGAACACCGGCCAACCGGGGCCCGGUCCAAGUCCCGCCCCCGUGCACCCUCAGAACCUGCCCAACAAGCCCAAGGCCAGUCUCGCAAUCCAUUUGAAUCACCGUCCGGGCGAGUAGUCGCUGUAGGAGACUCUCCUCCGCUCGCUCUCGCGGCGCCGCAAAAACUCCAACCCGGGCGCCGGGAUCAUGAGCGACGGCGAAACCGAUCUCCCCCUCUACACCCCCGAUCGAGAGAAAACGACUCCCACAUGAUGAUGGAAGGAAUGGGAAGCAGGAAGGAACGAUUGGUCACGCGAAAAAGAACGCGUUGGCCUGCGCGGCAUUGGUUUCACACUCGCCCCUCCCUCGGUUCACAUACGCGGUCUCCUGUCUUGUCCGUCGUUCAGUCUACUACGAGUUCCCCUCGGCUUUUGGAUCAGGAUGCCAUGAUGCGUGUGCCCCGCACAAACCAGAGGCGUCUGUCUCGCCAUCUUUCGAUUGAAGACUUUCGGGGGCUUGUUCGCCCUGAACAGGAGGCGGUCACCAAGCUGGACAUCUGGGAGCCUAAGAACACAGGGUCUAAGAAUACCGAGUCUAGGCCCGAGGCAGAAAAAUCGAGCGACAGAGACGGGCGGAUAGUCGGUGCAGGAGAAGGAACGGGAGAGGCAGAGAGCAGCUACGGUUUCCAAGUUUGCUGGCCAGGACCCUCCGAUGGCUCGCACAGAAUCCCAGCCUCCGUUGUUCAGAAAAGACGACCUGCACACCAUAUACAAAGAGUCAUCCCCACCCCUUCUCUCAAAUGCGACUCGUCAUCCAGACGUAGUACCAUGGUCCGUAGCGAUUCCAUGCCUAGCGAGUGUCCCAGACCUACAGCCAUCACCAACGAUGCACGCAGGGAGAACAAAAUUUGGCGCUUGGUCAAGAAGAUGUCGACCGGAACGUUGAAGGAGAAAAAGAGCCACCAAGCUGAAAAGGCGCCCCCGGUUCCUCCUCUGCCUACCAGUCGUCGUAGCUCCGUAUAUGACUAUGGCGAAGAAGUUCGGCCUGACCUUGCGCGAUUCGCAACUCGCGAGCCGAGCACCCAGCCCUCUCGGAACCGUUCUGCAUCUGGCGGGAGGCCAUCGUUGAGCCAUGAAUGGCGUCCGUCGAUGACCAACGACUCGGCCCCGAGCUCGUCUCCCAAGUCUUCAUUUGGCAAGACCCAGAGUCCGAGGACCAGCAUGUCAUCGUACAUUGAUCUGGGAGAAGAGAUCCCUCCUCUCCGUUGGGAAACACAUCGUCUCUCCCGGAGAACUCGCCCAACAGUACAUACCGCGGGACCGCGAACCAUUAGUACCGAGCAACACCCACAACGCGGAGUCGGAGCGUCCCCCAGUCUCCCGCCUCCCAAACGACCCCGCACGGCACAAAAAUCACGAGACAAGGUCGGAUCCAGCAUCACACCUCUCUCGAGCCCUGCAUUGUCCAACGCACCGACGAAACCUAAACCGAACGUGCUUCGACGACCGACCCGGUUAAACGACGACGACUGA